AGAAAUCGGGAGGAUGGGAAGGGAAGAGAUCCUCUUGGGCGUCUUCAUAUAAAUGCCGGCGGUGCUCGCGGUACGAGAUCACAUAGAUUUGAUCGUCAAAUCGACAGUCGUAUAUUGUACACAAAUCGCCGGCACCGGCACGAAUCGUCUUCAUCAUGCAGUAUCUAAUCUUGGCCUUUGCAAUCUUCAGCUGCGUCUUCGGACAAUUGGGACCUUUCCGCGGCUUUCCUAGCCAAAAUGCAUACAGACAAACGCCGAGACCCUAUCGACCGCAACCGCAACUACAACCGCAACCGCAAUAUACAUCUGUUGCAAAACCAUUUAUAGGCAUUCGUAGCCAACAGAAGGAUACAUCGCCGGACGGAUCUUACUCUUUCAGCUAUGAAACCGAGAAUGGAAUUUCAGUCUCCGAAAGUGGAUAUCCUCAAGUCGGACCUCAGGGUCAAACGGAGGUGGUCCAGGGCAGAUUCUCGUAUCCUGCACCUGACGGCACUCCCAUCACUAUCGAGUAUACAGCUGACGAGAAUGGCUUUCACGCUCAGGGUGCCCAUAUACCUACGCCGCCACCCAUCCCGGAGGCAAUUAAAAGAGCACUCGCGGCGAAUCCGCCCGGACCCGAUGACGAAAAGUACGAUCGGCAACCGUUUCAACAAAGAUUUAGCGGACCGGUGUACAACGCCAAUCCUUACCGAAGAUUCUAAUUUUGCCGCAUACUGUUCAAUCCGCAAAAUCUUUCACGACGCACUCACGACACAGCCAAGCGAAUCUGCUAGAUUCUAGACGGAAGCUCGUUAUAUACUAGAUAUCAUUGGCUUUGAAUCAUCUUCUUCCCAGCCUCUAAUCCGAAGUGAUACGUGUACAUAAGAUACAGUACGAAGGAUAUAACAACAAUAUCGACCCCUACAGAAAUAUAACUGUCGUUGUGCAAUAAAUCAGUAUAUAUUGUU